AUUCGCGAGCCCGAGCGCUUGCGACCCCCUCUGAGAGUUGGAGCGUCUCGGUCUGGCGACUUAGCGUGGCGCGUGAGCUCGGGCACAAGAAGUCGCUCCAGCCCAAACUUUGACAAGAGAAGUUCUGAUGGCUGAGGGCUGCUGAAGACAGUGAAGAGAGGUCAAGAGUGAAGGACGCCCGCGGAAACCGUCACCAGAGCGGUCCGGAAGCGGCCGAGGAUGAAGAGUGUGGUCUACCAUUCCUUUUCUCAGGAAGAGGCCAAAGAGUUCGACGUUCAGCUUCUGGGAGCCCAGCAGGCCGAGGCCUUCGUGAGGGCCUUCCUGAAGCGCAGCACGCCCCACAUGAGCGAGCAAACCCGUGAGAACCAGCUGCGGCGCAAGGCUGUGGUCCUGGAGUACUCCACUCGCCGGAAGCAAAAAGAGAAGAAAAAAAAAUCCAAAGGCCUCUCCGCCAGGCAGAGGAGGGAGCUGCGCCUCUUUGACAUUAAGCCAGAGCAGCAGAGGUACAGUCUUUUUCUCCCUCUGCAUGAACUCUGGAAACAAUACAUUCGGGACCUGUGCGGUGGUCUCAAGCCAGACACGCAGCCACAGAUGAUUCAGGCCAAGCUGUUAAAGGCAGAUCUUCACGGGGCUCUUGUUUCAGUCACAAAAUCCAAAUGCCCCUCCUAUGUGGGUGUUACAGGAAUCCUCCUACAGGAAACAAAGCACGUUUUCAAAAUCCUCACCAAAGAAGACCGCCUGAAAGUUUUUUGUUUUGUUUUGUUUUGUUUUUCCAGUUGUCCCCAAGCUAAACUGUGUGUUCACAGUGGAAAUCGAUGGCUUCAUUUCCUACAUUUAUGGAAGCAAAUUCCGGCUUCGGUCAAGUGAACGAUCUGCCAAGAAAUUCAAAGCAAAGGGGACAGUUGACCUGUGAGGUCUUUGCUGCAGAGAUGAUUGUGACCCCAAGGUCGUUGAGAGAAAAGCCUGGCAGGAUAAGCACAAGUUGACCUGACUGGUGGCAUGAUUAGGUUUUUAUUUUGCAUCCUUUUCUGUGUCUCCUGAGUGUUCCGUGAUGAAUCCAUUGUCUAUGUAAUCAUAAAACGUAAAUCCCUGAGCUUUUUCUUUUGCUCCAGGAGAAGCAGCGGUGCCAGUCACUUGGCUUUGUCCAUGUGACCCACUGGGCCCCCGCACUGGAGGAGAAAGGCCCUGGCGAGGGAACGUAAAUUCCGACUCUGACAGGAGAGCAGGAAGGCCUCGCUCGCGGCCACUUUGCCUCCCGGAGGCUCGGGGUAUGCCCGUGCCCAUCCGUGUGGGGUCCGUGGCUCAUCGGGUCCAGGGUCGGUUCGGAUGCUCUCCCGCUGCCACCAUCAGUCCCUGUGCUACAGGUCGCAGGUCCCAGCACCACCAGGGACAGGGCAGCUGGUCCGGCUGCUGAGCCCUGUGCUCUGACAGCCUGGUUUUGCCACAACGGACUCAGCCUCCGUGCUCGCUCGCCCAGGGCCUCGCCACCUGAGAGCGUUGAGCUGGGAUUUGACCCCCACGGUCUGGCUGCAGAGCCAUGCUUUUGACCACAGGGAUGAGAAGACCGUGCUCUAUGUGUGUAACGUGGUCACCUGGGCUCCACUGAGGAGGUCGCUGCCUUCCACGGACCAUCCGAAUGUGCCACGCGGGGAACGGCCUGGGUGCUGCGAUUCCUUCAAGCACUCUGCUCAUGCCCACUGCUCUGCAAGGGAAAAGGUGGCCAGCGUGUAAAUAUGCAGCUGCUUUCCAAAAUCGUUGUCAGUGCCACUUGGUUUGUGAAAUCUGUUUUUCAUGGCGCAGACUCCAGUUUCCAUGUCAAUGGCUGUUAGUAGCCUUCCCUCCCCCUUUCCCCGUGGACACUUGACAAGAACACUCACCGCUGUCCUGCCUGUUUCCAGGACGCCAUGUUGUCCCCACAGCCCACCCGAGGACCGUGCCGUCCCCCGAGGGCCCAGGCCAGGCAGGACACCGGCCCCCAGGGAGCGUCCCGGUGAAGCUGCACUAGCUGCUCCGCAGAACCAGGCUGAGGCCUCAGCUGUGGCACAGGGCCGGUGGGUGGGGGGCGCUGUGGUAGCUUGCAGUCCAGUCUCCCACCUCCACUGCCCCAGGAGCAGGACCCCAGUACAGCUGCGGCCUUGGAAGUGUAGGCCUGUGGGAGACACAGCUACACCGGCCUCAUGUGUCAGUCCACGCACGGGAGAAACCAGAGAGGCCCACAGAGCAGCAGAGCGGUGACCACCUCGGGACGAGACUCAGGAGCUCCAGGGCCAGGAGACCUCAGCCCAGGGACCCACUGUUCUCCAAGAAGUGAGUGGACCCGAGGGCCCUUUAUAUUCCCCAGAGCCGAGUCUGUGUGUGGAGGACCGGACCUUAGUGCAGGGCCCACAGAGGACAGGCCGGAGCCUUUCCAGGGGGAAGAAAAGGACGAAGCACCUGGAGGGGAAGGUGAGGGACGGCGCGGGUCAUGGCCACUGUGUUAGCUUGGGCUGCCAUAACAAAACUCUGCAGAUGGGCAGGGUAAACAACAGAACAUUCUUCCGCACCGCUCCAGAGGCUGGAAGUCCAAGAUUAAGGUGCCCUCAAGGUUGGGGUCUGGUGAGUGCUUUCUCCUUGGCCACCUUCUUGCUGUGUCCUCACGUGGCCUUCCCUUGGUGCACACCGGUGGAGAGAGAGAGAGAUCUGUUGUCUCUUCCUCUUCUUAUUAGGACACCAGUCCUAUGGGAUAGGGCUCCACCUUUAUCACCUCAUUUCACCUUUUUCUCUUUUUCUCAGUGCAGUCACUCUGGGAAUGAGGACUUUGACAGGAAUUUGUGGGGACAUAAUUCAGUCCGUAAUAGCCGUGGAGCUGCCCCAGCCAGAACAGAAGCCCCCUGUUGGAGCCCCUCAGAAAGGCUGCAGUACCCACCCUGGCUCCCAUCCUCAGACACUGGCCUGGCCUGCCCACACCCCUGCUCAGGGUGCUUGCGCCACUAGCCGGUUCAGCCAGCCCAGCUGCUGGACCUUGAACUCCCCUCACCCCUGGGUUCCAAGACUGGCUCAGACAGGAACGUAGGUCCAGCUGCUCCUCCAUCGCCAGCUUCCCUUCCACUUCUGCAAACCACUGAGCUCCUCCCUCACCCUCCCAUCGGGGCCCGGCACAGUGGUGGGGGAAGAAAUGCAUGCACAGGUGGCAGGGCGGACAGGGAGGCUCCCUGGAGGUGGGGGCUCAAUCCAGGCAGCUCUGGGAUGUGAAGAGUGACACUGAGGACCAGGCUGGCAGAGCAGUCGUGGAGGCCCCAGGACAUCACCUGCCCAUGAGACCCAGGGCCAGCAGGAAGGAAGGUGGGAAGGGGUGGGGGGGCUCUGGCUACCAGUCCCAAACCGAUAGGAGGUAUGUCAGGUUCUGCCCAGUUCAGUAGGAAGAGAGAGGUGCCAGAGAAGUUGUAAGCCAUGGGGCAAGGUGCGGAAUCCUGCUGACCCAUUCGCCCAGUCCUGAUGUCUUUGGGGACCUCCAUGUCACCAUCUGGCAAGUGGGGCCAUGAGACCAGGUGAGGGUUUCCUGAAGGGGGAUCCUGGGACUUCCUGCAUCUGCAGGACACCUGUUAAAAGCCAGCUCCCGGGCUGCAGUCAGACUCCAGGGGUGGGGCCCAGGCAGCUUCGUGGGUCUCUCAGACUCCAGAUGGUGUCUAAAGUGUCUUCCAGCUCAGACGUCUGGACUGUGAUCUAAGAUUUGGGACUCUCGGGAUGGUGUUUUCCGGAUGGUGGAAAAGAUUGUCAGAUGACGGAUCUCUCGGGUUCUGAAGAGUAAACAUGAACAUUCCCCCCACAAGCCAUAAAUUAUGGUAAAAAGCUUUCUUUCUGGA